GUGAAAAAGAAACUGAAAAUUAUCAAGAACCGAAGCGUAAAAGGAAGGCAGGCAACAAGAAGUCAAUUAAGAACCAAGGUAAGCCUGAGAAGAAGCCAGAGGAUUGGUUCAAAAAAAAAUCAAUAUUUUUCAACUUGCCAUAUUGGGAACUUAACAAGUUAAGGCACAAUCUCGAUGUAAUGCACAUAGAAAAGAAUGUGUUUGAUAAUUUAAUUGGAACGUUGUUGAAUAUUGAUUCUAAAACAAAGGAUGGCCUAAAUGCACGGCUUGACUUGGCAGAAAUUGGUGAAAAUGGAAUUCGACAUGAUCUUCAUCCUGUUGAAGAUAAUAAUGGAAAAACAGUAUUGCCUGAUGCACCAUUUACUAUGUCUAGAAAACAGCAAGAAGUACUUUGUUCAGUGAUGCAUAAUAUUAGGACUUCCGAUGGAUAUGCAUCAAAUUUUUCUAGGCAUGUCAACAUGAAAGAUUGUACAAUCUCAGGUCUCAAAAGCCAUGAUUGUCAUGUUAUUCUGGAAGAUAUUCUUCCUCUAGCACUUCGAUCCUGUUACCCGCACAAAGAGGUCAUGACAGUAGUUAUCGGGCUGUCUAAUUUCUUCAAGAAGCUAUGCUCGAAAGUGUUAGAUGUCUCUGAGCUUGACAAACUUCAAGAGAGUAUUGUGAUGACACUUUGCAAUAUGGAGAGAAUUUUUCUUCCAUCAUUCUUUACUAUCAUGGUGCAUUUAAUGGUGCACUUGGUUGAAGAAGUUAAACUUGGUGGUCCAGUGCACUAUCGAUGGAUGUACCCUCUGGAGAGAUCAUUUGUCCGGCUGAAAGCACUUGUGCGCAAUAGAGCAUUUCCUGAAGGUUCAAUUGCCGAAGGGUAUCUUGCCCAAGAAUGCUUGACCUUUUGUUCAAGAUUUCUAGAAGGAACUACACGUUUUACAAGACCAUCAAGAAACCCUGCUCCGUCAGAAAAGAUAAAAGAUUUGUACAUGUUCAAUAGUGCUGGUGAACCAAUUGGAAAGGCUAUCCCGGUUGGGCAGUUUAAUAGCCGUCUUCUAAUUCAAGCACAUCGAUAUGUCUUACGACAUUGUGAUGAACUUGCAGAUUUCCGCAAAGAAUUUGUGGCCGAAGAGAAUAGCAAACGAUGUGAGUCAGCUAAAUUGACAGAAGCUGAUAGCACUAAGUUAAUUAAUGGACACUUUGCUGACUGGUUGGAACAAAAGGUUUUACAAAGUGAUGGGCCAAAUAUAACAGAAAAGGUAAGAGCUUUGGCUGCAAAGCCAAAGAGAUAUGGGGUGCGCUACAGUGGCUAUGUCAUCAACGGCUUCAGGUUUCACACGAUGAGUCAUGACUCAGGGCAUGUCACACAAAAUAGUGGUGUAGUGAACAUUGCAGAAAAUGGUGUUCGAUAUUAUGGCAGAUUAACUGACAUAUUUGAAUUGUCCUAUAAUGAUUACAAGGUGGUGUUCUUUAAUUGUGAUUGGUAUGAUGUCUACCACAAAGUUGGCAUUCAAACCGAUGAGUUUGGGUUCAUUCUUGUGAACAAGUCUCGGAAAAUACACACAGGAGAUCAGUUAGAGGAUGAUCCUUUUGUAUUUUCUUCCCAGGUGCAGCAGGUUUUCUAUGUUCAAGAUCCAAAAGCUGAACUAUGGAAUGUAGUAGUGGAA